GCCGCUUCGGUCCGGUAUAACUGGUGUAGUUUAGGGUAGCUGAUUCAGAUUCACGGGUGUAACCAUUAAUGUUAUAAAUACAUACUCAAGGGUCUUCAUUAUAGUCAUUGCUUGGUGCUCUUACUGGUUGUUGCAAUUUGGAAACAUCUUUCACAUAGUGCAAUAAUUAAGAGUUAAGACAAUGAGCUACAACAGAUCAAACAUAGGUUCUGGUAGUAGGAAUGUUGGAAGGAACACAUUUGAGUUUGGAAGGACUUAUGUGGUCAUGCCCAAAGGAACCCACCAAGCAACUAUCGUUUGGUUACAUGCCAUUGGCGAAACGGGAUCAAGUUGGACCCAGUUCUUAGAAUCUCUUCCUAUUCCAAACAUUAAGUGGAUCUGCCCAACUGCCCCAACUCGUCCCAUAACUUUAUUCGGCGGACAUCACUCAACUGCAUGGUUUAAUGUUGAAGGCUUGUCAGAGAAUGCUACAGAUGAUGUGGAGGGCUUAGAUGCUUCAGCUACACAUAUUGUAAAUAUGUUGUCCAACGAGCGCGAUGAUAUUAAACUAGGUGUUGCGGGCUUCAGUAUGGGGGCCGCAAUGGCUCUCUAUUCUGCAACAUGUCGUGCUAUAGGACAAUUUGGGAAUGGGAACCGAUACCCAAUCAAUCUCAGCGUGGCUGUGGCUCUCAGUGGCUGGCUCCCAUGUUCAAGGAUCGUGAGAAGCAGAGUCCAUGCAUCCCGAGAAGCUGCUAGGCGUGCAGCAUCACUCCCAGUGUUGGUCUGCCAUGGACAAGUGGAGUAGAGAAAACUAGACCUAGUUGGAGAUUGUUGAAGCUUGAUAUUAUUGUUGGGCCCCUUUAUCUACCAGCUUCAAUUCAGCUUCUAGAUGUUGGUGACUUGACAUGGUAUCACAGCUCAGGUUUUGAAAAGUAAUGGGUUCAGUUCAUCCCACUAAUUACCUUUGAACUAUGUUAGUGAUGCAAGUACCUUUGUGUGUCACGAGGGAAAUCUUGACGCUCAAUAGUCUUGGUAUAUAUUGUUAGGCCCUCUACGGCGGGCUUAACCUCCUCAAUUAAUGUGUGAGCAUCGAUCUCACAUCGCAGAGGAAUUGUAAAUCUUGAUCAUAGCAUAUAUAGGUGGUCCAUCUUUCGACCAACUUAACCAGUUUCAUGAUGGAUGGACUUGAUGUAUUACAAUAAACAAGUGGCCCAUGGCCUCAAAGAGGUCUGUAAACAAUUACUUGACUUGGGAAUUUUAUCUAAAUUGGGUGUUUGGGUACUUCACCUUGAUCUUUUUCCAAAUGUUAUGUAAUGUGAAUCACAAAGUCAUUCUUAUGUUUGGUGAUUCUCAGAAACUAAUGUAUGAUGAUUUGUACAUAUCGAUUACAAUAGAAAUUUAAUAAAUUUAUUUGGAAGGAGUUACA